ACUGAACCAAAUCUUCAUGGAUUAGCUGGAUUCAUUGCAAGCCCCAAUUUUCCAAAUAACUACCCUCAAUACAGUAGGUGUGCAUGGAAUAUCACAGUUCCCAACGGAUACAUCGUUAAACUUAGCUUCCUCUACUUUCAGCUGGAACCAGCUCACAUCAGUUCUUGCUGUAAUGAUGCUCCAGGGGCGCGUGUUACAAUCACAAACGUUGCUACAAGUAACAAUUAUCGUCCAUUCAUGCUUUGCGGUCAGUCUGUUCCUCAUCCAGUGUACUCGGUAAAGAAUUCCGUGCAACUCAUAUUCACGUCUCUAAGCAAGCAGUAUUCAGGGUUUAAUGCAACUUACAGAGCCAUCACUUAUGAGUCAGGUACGAUUGAUGUCAAUCUCAUUGGUCAUGCAAGUUAUCAUACAAAGCCUCUUGGCAUAUAAUGAAAACAUAGUAAUUAGUAAGGCAACGUGCACACGCAUCCGGGUAUUUUUGAAUUGGCAAACUUUCAACUUCGGAUUUAAAAACUUCCACCUUUAAGUGCAGCGUAUUGAAAUCGAAUUUGCCCUUCAACACGAAUCCAAAUUCAUUCCCAGUUGGUCAGCUAAUUUGUAAAGCGAUCUUCGGCCCAUGCGAAAAUUUUCUCACCAUUCUUCUUCAAAACCUUUUCCGCUAACAGAAAUGUCCCAUCAAGCACUACUUCGCUAGUUUAACUUGUUUACAUCGUCCAAUUCUUCCUUCCGACACAGAAACACGCCUUAGAAUUCCGAGACGCCGUUUGGCAUAAUUGAAUUGUACGGUAAUCACAGCUAGGGUUAACUGCACACACGUUAUAGGACUUGAAACUGAAGUGCAAGAAAUAAAGAAGCGAUAACAUUGCGCUCAGCACCAUUUUGAAUAUUCAUUGUAAAGAACUGGGCUGGAUCUUGUUACGUCACUUGAUUAAAAAAACGUCCAGGUUUAGCGUCCACACGAUUCCGCAUUCAUAGCGUAUUCAAAAAUUUCCACUCUGGAGAGCGGAUGAAAAAGGUUGCGGAUUUGUAUGCUGGAUUUAACGGGCUGGAUCUUCUUACGUCUCUAGAGAAAAAUUAUCCGGACUUAACGGAUUCAAAAAUAUCCGGUUACGUGUGAACUGGGCCUUAAAUAAGGCUAGCUGUACUUGCUGUGCAUGCCGGUACUUUUUUACCCCAGAUUCAAGGCAUUUUUAGUGUCUAAACCGCGUCUUUAUUUAAAUCGUUUAAAAAUUACAAUAUUGUCCGAGGCCCUCGCGUAGCGAAGGUUACGAUUUUGUCGAAAUUCGUAUAAGUAAUUCCUGUUACUUGCUUGAAUACUUGCUGAAUCGAGGUUCUACAUGGGUCUUAUUUUUUUGAGCCGAAGCGAACGAUUUGAUCUGCCCUUCAAAGACCCCCUUAACGUCUGCAGAUUAUUUUUCUAAAUGUAGCUGUUGUUCAAAUUGGCUUCCGUAACGAUUAAAGAGAGCAUGAACCUUUUGCAGCGUACUGACAAGACCAUCCUUCCCGCCAGAGUAAGCACAGGCGCCCAAGGCCUUCCAACAGUUUCUUUUAAGUCAGAGAACGGACAAUUAAACACAUCGUAAGACGACAGCCAUUUUCAGUUGACUUGCGGACACAUCAAUCUCGAUCAAUGGUCAACCUAAGAAUUUCCAGAUAAAUAAAGAGCCUCGGGCGUAUUUCAAAAUUAUUUAGUCCUUCCGUUCUGCAAUUGGUUUUGAUCUAAGUCCUUCUUAUGUUACCUAGUUUCUUCCUUAAGAGGCUUAUUGAUGUGCUGGUUUUCAACACUUAUGUUCAGUUCAUUUAUAUUGCCUGCAGUGUGUCCCAAUAUGGCAACUCUGAAUGAGACAUCAGGAGUUCUAACUAGUCCUUACUAUCCAAGGACCUAUCCUUCCAGUGCGAAUUGUAGUUGGAAAAUUACAGCAAGUAACGGAGAACGCAUUGUGUUGGUCAUUGAAGACAUAUUUAUUUGGGGAUGUGGUUCAUCUUGCACGUGUGACUAUCUGCAAAUACAAAAUGGUUCAUCCUCUGAUGGCUUCUCAGGAAGGCGAAGAUGUGGAUUCUUUAAAGACCGUGGGAUAGUAUACUAUUCGACAAAAGAUGUCCUAAGAGUCACGUUUGUUUCUGAUAGUCGCACUUCCUCGUUGUACGGUGGAUUUAAAGCAACUUACAUGAAAGCGAAAUAUGAUGCGGUAACUACCGGUAAGUUUGUAACUCCAGGAGGAUGGUGCUUCUGUAGGUGAUCAAGCGAUGAACUUCCAUUUGCCAAGAAAAUAUGUUAUUGCACUAUUUUAGACUAAAGGCAACGUUUAAAGUCAAACACGUAACUAAAUAGGCUCGAUUACCAGCCGCUGUAACUAAAGCGACACACAAAUAUCAAUAACUUGUUGACUGAGUUGUUGGUGGUAUUAUACGUUCUUAAUUAAAAAUGAUUGGUAACAAAAACAAUUUGAAAUUUUUGUAUUUCAAUUAUCAGCCGGAAAAACCGCUUUAAAAGGUUGAGUCUCAUUUUGUUCGCCUGUUUGUUUGCUUGUUUGUAUAUUUUUUUGUUCUUUUUAGAGUCAAUACACUCUCUUAUUAAAGCCAAAUGAUAUUUAACUGCUGUUGCAGAUUGUGCCAAUGGAACAAAUCUUCAUGGAUUAGCUGGAUUCAUUGCAAGCCCUAAUUUUCCAAAUAACUACCCUCAAUACAGCAGAUGUGCAUGGAAUAUCACAGUUCCCAGCGGGUACUUCAUUAAACUUACUUUCUUGCACUUUCAGCUGGAGCCACUAACAUAUCUGCAUAUUCCUUGCUAUUAUGGUGCUCCAGGGGCACGUGUUACAAUCACAAACGUUGCUACAAAUAACAAUUAUCGUCCAUUCAUGCUUUGCGGUCAGUCUCUUCCUCAUCCAGUGUAUUCGGUAGGGAAUUCCGUUCAAGUCAUAUUCACGUCUCUAAGCAAGCAGUAUUCAGGGUUUAAAGCAACGUACAGAGCCAUGUCUAAUGAGUCAGGUACGAAUGAUGUCGAUCCCAUUGGUCACGCAAGUUAUUAUGCAAAGUCUCUUUGCAUAUAAAGAAAGCGUAGUAUCUAUUAAGACUAGUAAUAGUUGACACUACAGCUGCCCCCGUUCUGUAUAUUGUCGGUUAAUAGCAUUCUUGCUCGUUGUGUAGCUUUUUGAAAUAUACAGAUUCACAAUGAUGAUUUUCACACAUAUUCCAUACAAACAGGAAACGCAAGGUUCCAUGCACAGUUUCAGCUCGAUUUACGCAGCUUUGAUCAAAACAUUCUCAGUUUCGAGAAUAGCCUAUUCUAAACCAUAAGAAAAUAUUUAAUUAGAAGUUGAAUUUUUCGCUAUUUCUCUUUCACUUUUUACAUUCAGUUCAUUUUAUUUGCCGGAAAGUAAGCUUUAGAAAUUAAAAGGGCGUUUGAUGAAUUCACGCUCGCGCAUUCUAGUCUUAUUUUAAACUUUUGUUAUUGCGGAAGGACAUCUGUGAGCAGAGAAUAUGAGAGCACAGAAUUUGAUGAUCGGCGAAUUUCUGCAAUCGUCCAUCGUUCUGCUAGUGAUAAGCUAGCCGUUGUUCACUCGUCUUGCUUGUCUGGGGCGGCUGUCUUAUUCCGGUCAAAGAGAGAGAAAGAGUGUCUGGAGAGGUUUAUAAUCAAAGAUUUGUGAACCCGUGUCUGGCAAACUCUCCAAGUGUUUAUAAACACAGUUAUACGCACCUUAUAACACUGUUUAUAACUUCAUCUGCGCUUAACGAGUGUCCUUUGGUCCAUAACUUUCAAAACAACUGCUCCACAGGAUGUCACUGAUGACACGUAACGCAAAGCGGUCCCUUCGGCAUUUUCUGUCUUUACGUCAUGAUCCUAACCAUUUCGUACUUGCGACGCAAACAAUAGAAACGUCAUCAUUACCUACCGAUUCCUCGCGGCCCCAUGUUCAAGCAAAUCGAGAUUUUUCUGGCAUACUGACUGUAUAUUUCAACUGUAAGUACUUUCCUUAAUAUACGCGCGAGUUACUAGAGUGCCUCCUCGGGAUUUCGCCUUCUGGGCGAAAUCCCUGCGGGGGCAAUAACGUCCAAGCGUAACAGGGUAUUUUUGAAUUCGCAAACUUUGUAAAUUAAUGGACUUAGGCAAUCUGCUGAGUAUUCAUUUUGGAUUUUUGCUGUGACGUCGACAGGAGACAGUCCAUCAAGUGAAGUUAUGAUGGCAAACAAAAGGUGAGAACAGAGUCUAUAAAACCUGGUAUUAUGUGAUCGUACAGGGCCUCGUCUACACGAAUCUGGAUUGACCAAAAUGCGGUUUCCAAAAUACCCGAAUUCGAGUUCAUGUGUCUUUAGGCCCCUGGACAUGUUGUAGCAAGACUCUUUGUUACACAAAUAAAUAAAUCUGGGGAUGAUAUCCUAUGGAAUUACUAUUUAAACGGGACCUCUUCAGUAGUGCUUUUACAUGAAACUAUAUAUUGUUUAUAAUGUAGUCUAACUCUUGAAUCUGUUGAUGAAAUCUUACGGUGUGAACAUUCAAGUGAAACCUCUUCAGAGGUACUUUCACAUGGUGCUAUUUGUUUAGUAUGCAGUUCUAGUUUUAAGUUUUGAGUCUGAAUGAAAUCCUAUGGCGUUACCAUUUAAAUGAAACUCUCUGGCCGAAUUUUUGGAUGGCCCUACUUAUUUCGCAGGAUUUUACGGGAAGAAAGUUGAUAUUUUCCGUUAUUUUUACCAGAGGGUUAAUCAUAUCGUUUUGUUAAACAUUUGUCUUUUCUUUUGCAGACCCUGUGAAGCCUUCACCAAUUCUUGAUGAAAACAUUGGGCAGACAGAGGUGAUCGUGGAAUUUAUAAACAAGAAAACGUUAAGCAGUGGAAAUCCAGUCAGGUUAGAAAGUUAAGGUUCUAGAUUUGUUCGUCAGUUGUAGCCAAUAGGAUAGUCUAUGUUUAGGCACAAUCCGGGAUUUGCAUACCGGCCUUUAAUGUGUCGAAUUUUUAGUUGUUUAUAAAGUUUAGAUAUAAUACGAGCACCGGUAUACUUCAAU